ACAGCAGUGCGCAAAGAGCGUCGCGCGCCCCAGCAAGUUUCCGCAGUGGGGCGUUGGCGCGUAUGAGCCACGGUAGUAUUUGGAAGCAUGCAUAUCAGAUCUUAUCAAUUUGAACAAAUUUUAGUGUACUUUUUAUACAUUAUCAUUGGGAACUAGAAUUUUCAUCCAAAGCAAGGCAGAUUCGUCCACAGAAGAAAAGGCGAUAAGCGCGAAAAUGCGAUAUCGCAGAGCGUUUGGGAUCUCUCAGAGCAGAAACAAUGCGCCAUUGUUGUCCUUCCGGCCUCGACCUUCGCGGUCGUUCUCCCGCCAUUACUCCACCCAAAUGGAAAGCAACGAGAUUAACUGCGUGCAGGCCUUCCUUUGCCAUUGCAUUUGACAUCGAUGGAGUGAUUCUGCGCGGUCGCUUUCCUAUUGGAAACUCUCCGCAAGCACUGAAAAGAUUGUACGGAGAUUGCGGUGCUUUGAAAGUCCCCUUUCUGUUCCUGACGAAUGGAGGUGGCAUCCCAGAAUCUAGACGAGCCAUCGAAUUAAGUGAACAAUUGGGGAUCAACAUUUUACCUUCCCAGGUUGUUCAAGGUCACUCACCUUUUAAAAAUUUAUUGAAGAGAUUUGAGAAUGAACUCAUUGUUGCUGCUGGAAAAGGGGAACCUGCUUUGGUAAUGUCUGAGUAUGGUUUCCGAAAAGUUCUCUCGUUGGAUGAGUAUGCAUCUUACUUCAAAAACAUUGAUCCUGUAUCUCAAUAUAAGAUUUGGACAACUAAGCAAGUUUUGAAUAGGAAUACCAACUCCGAGGUCUCUGUGCCAAGAUACAAUGUUUUCUCAGAGAGAGUUAAGGCAGCAUUUGUUGUCAGUGAUCCAGUUGACUGGGGCAGGGACAUUCAGGUUCUCUGUGAUAUCUUAAGAUCUGGGGGCAUUCCUGGGCAGGAGAAUGGGCAUCAACCACCUCUAUAUUUUGCAGCUGAUGAUCUUGAAUAUCAGGCUGCAUUUCCUUCUGAACGUCUUGGUAUGGGUGCUUUCAGAAUUGCACUAGAAAGCAUCUUCAAUAGAAUACAUGGUAAUGCUCUUGAAUAUAUUUCUUUUGGGAAACCAAAUUCAUCUGUAUUCAAGAAUGCUGAAUCCAUAUUGAGACAACUUCUACUCCCUUCUUGUCUGGAAGGUCAUGUUGUGGAUAAUGGAGAUGACAGAUCACAUACUUUUAAAACCCUCUACAUGAUUGGGGACAAUCCCUUAAUUGAUGUCAAAGGAACACUACAGACCGGACCACCAUGGUUUUCUAUUUUGACAAGGACAGGUGUUUUCAGGGGAAAAGAGAAUCAUGCAAAGUUUCCAGCAGACCUGGUUGUUGAUACUGUUGAAGAAGCAGUUGAUUAUAUUUUGAGAAAGGAGGGCUGUUAGUUUCUUCAAUUUUUAAUACUUUGGUUACAUGAAGGAAACUAUAAGCAGAAAAUUGAAGGCGGACAUGGGACAGGGAAAUUUGAAGUAGAAAACUGUUGGCAAAUUUGUGAAAUUAAAUUAAUCAAUUGGAAUCUAGUUUAAUUUCCUUUCCUUUUCCUUUUCCAUUUUGUCUUUGUUUUCCUUUUUUUGAUGAACGAACCCUAAGCAAUAGGCUGAAAUGCUCUUCCACCCUCUAGCCGCAAACUGAGCGAAGAAGUUGUCUUUCUUGUGUUUGUGCUUGUUUGUGUGAGCAAAGGCUUUAGAUGGCCACUCCACCCCUGCAAAGAAUGCGUGAGCAAGUGCCUGUAUUUGUGCCCUGCAAAUUUAUUAAGUGGAGAAGUUUUCAUAGUUCAAA